GUUCUGUUCUGUAGACAAAUUCAUUGAGUCAUUUGACAAUUUCCACUGAGAAUGUUCUGACCGGAAGACGUUUUGGAAUUUCAUAGGAAAUUUCUAACGUCCACCCUGCUAUCCUCUUGGACUAAUUCCGUUUGGAACCUCCAGGGCCAGUAAGCCUGGGUAGGAGCAAUAUGCGCAGCCAACUAUGGAUUCUGGUCACAUCAGCGUUCUAUGUAUUUACCUCAUCAGUCUCUGGCGAUAGUGGCAGCAGCAGUCCGUACAGGCUGAAUGUGCCCCGGUUAUUACUUCCUUACACACCAAAAGCCGCCCACCAUGUAACAUACACCCUAGAAGCUCACUCUGGCUGCUACGCUUGGACAUCCGCACAUCCCGAUGUUGCUUCCGUCACACCCAUCGCCGAUGAUGGAUCAUCAAAACAGGGCAGCUGUUCUUCAAAAGCCAUUGUGCGUUCUGAGUCCCUCUCAGCAGGCUUUCGCACUACGACCAUCAUUGCCAGAGAGAUAGAGCUUGGUCUGGAACUUCGAUGUGUUGUGGACGUGGCAAGCAUCUCCAAAAUCUCCAUCAGCACUGUUCGUCGUGAGGUGUACGUUGAUGAAGCCCCAGUAAAGAUGGGUGUCCGCGCGUGGGAUGAGAAAGGUAACGUGUUCAGUCGCCUGACUGGUUUCAUCUUUGAGUGGACAUUGUCGAAGGCUGACAAAUCAGAGGGUGCUUCUGACCCCCAGGCCAUUGCAAGCUUCGAAACAUUUGAUGAGUCCCAGUACGAGGGUGAGGACCUGAUCGUUGAGCUUGAAAGAAAGGGCCUGCGUGGAGAUGAAGUACUGCUCGAAGGCCUUAGCGUGGGUAUCGUGCGUGUGAAUGCUCGGCUGGUGAACAGCGCAUGGAAGCGUGUCUCGGCCGCUGAAAGUGACCUGUUGGUCGUGGAGAAUCUUCAGUUGUUGCCUUCUUUGGCUUACAUCAUGCCGGGAGCCCAUGUUCACUACUCGGUGGUGAAAGUCACAGCCACCGGCGAGUUUGACAUCAAGAUGCCGUGUGAGCAGUACGAGUUGACGCUGCUGAACAAGACGGUGGGGAAGCUUGACCUGUCCCAGAGCCUGGUCACUGGUCUGCAGUUGGGCUCUUCCAAGCUUCAGCUGUCCAUCCAAAACAUGCCAUCACUCUCUGAGCGCUACCACAAGGCUGCUGACUUGCACGUUGUUCUACCUGCUUAUCUACAAAUCAACAUCCACACCGGGUCCUGGGUGUUGGAAGUGGGCCGCCUCUACAUCAUCACUGUCACUCUGUUUGACAGCGGGGACAACCAGCUGCUCAUCACUGAUAACAUGCGCCUGUCCACUCAGCUCUCGUCCUACUUUGACGACAUUCUCUUUGCAUCGGCCAACGGGUCGUAUUUCCAUGCACGUGCAGUGCGCGCAGGAGUCACCACCAUCAAGUCCAACUUGACCGGCGUCGAGAAUAAGCUAACUGGCGAGUUUGUUCCGCUGGCCACACCAGUGCAUCGUAGCCAGCCUGUCGACAUCUUCAAUCGCAUUGACCUGCAGCCUGAUGUCCUGGCCUUCCCCUGGCACCCAGAGCAACCGUUCCAGUACAAUUAUCCAAUGAAGGUUGUCGGUGGUAGUGGCCAGUUUCGUUGGGGCUGCCAAGAGACAGCAGUUGCCAGGAUUGAUGGCCACGGUGUAUUGACGUCCAUUGGAGCAGGUAUCGCCAGGCCCAAAGUCACUGACGCAAAGAACAGCUUGCAUUUCGAUGUGUCCACCGCCUAUGUUGUUCAUCCUGUCGACAUGAAGUUUGUGCCAUCGCCGGUCGAAGCUCAAGUGGGCAAUGUCCUUGACUUGCCAUUGUCUGUGUUUGGCAAGACCAUAGGUGACGGCGACUUGAUUCCCUUUGUGCGCUGUCAUCGUCUUCCUCUUCAGUGGUCCUUCACUGAGGAUGGUGUUUUUGCUAUUGAUGAGACCUACGAGACCGAUUUCAGCACUCUUCCAUCCAAGGCGUGUGUGGCGCUUCGCAUCCGUGCGCUGAGGGUUGGAUUCACAGAGCUGCGUGCUACGUAUGACGUGGAGGGAAUUUCCCUCUCUGCCAAGGUGGUUGUGGCCGGCUAUAAUCCGCUGAAGCUUGUCAGCCCAGAAGAUGAUGCGCUGGUUGCACUGGGGUCAUCAUGGAACUAUGCCUUCCAGGGUGGUCCUCUGCCUUGGAUCUUGGAGCCAUCUAAAUUCUUCCAGGAUGGCCAAGGGUCCAAGACAGAAGGUGUAGCUGUUUUCUCUGCAGGCAAAGAUGAUACUGACAAUCAUUUGCUACGUAUUGUGUGCAGAGAGCUGGGUCAGCAUACAUUCAGUGUUCGUGUUGGCAACACUAUUUCUCAAACUAACCUCUAUCCAGCCAACGCCAGCACAAGUGCAAGGGUUACUUGUGGUACACCGUCGUCAUUGGAGCUGUCUCCAGAUCUUCCCGAUGAAUACACAAGGUCGUGUCCAUGGUUCAGGGAGAAGGCAACACAUCUACCAGUUCUUUACGACACCCGUCUCGGUCUGUUGGGCCAUGCCUACGACCAGCUUGGACAUCGCUUUUCCAACUUCUCCUCGCUGAAGCUGAGCUGGGACACUGACAGCUCUUCUGUAGCUAUGUAUGUUGGCAGUGCAGACCAUUCAGCUGGAUAUGUGGUGUCUCACUCCAGUGCCUUUGUGGAAAGUGAGCACACUCACGGCAUGCACGCUCAGCUCACACUGGUCAGUGCACAGUACAGCAGUCAGGUGCUGCAGGCCGAGCGUGUUUCAGCCCAGGCUCCUUUCCCACGUGCCCUGCAAAGCACCCUGAAGUUGCGUUUGUCAGGUAGACCCUACCUUGAUCCAGCCAGCAUCACCGUCUUCAACCAUCCAGACAAUAAGAUGCCUAUCAAUAUAGAGAAGGGCUCUGGUUUCUUCUCAGUCCGAGAUGAUCUGGUGGGUGAUGUUUUGCCGGCCAGAUUGACCUACACAUCCAAGGCAGCGGCAUCCCAUCAAGUUGAUGUUUUGCCACAAGCUGGUGGUCAGAUGUCAGCCAUUGUCAACGACCAGUGUUUGGUGUUGGAACCAAUGAGAACCAAGAUCCGCAUCUUGGAUGGCAGCAAUAUUGAGCUUACUGUAGCUGACAUGGUGAUGACUGGCAAACAUCUAGUAGCCGCUGUGCGAGUCCUGGACACCAACGACGAGCCGUUUGAGCUGGAGCAAUACCAGCACAUGAACCUGAGGCCAUUGCUCAUCGGGCCCUUCAUCUCUGCUGCGCCGGCUGGCACCAGUGCUGCACCCAAGACUGUCCUACCACUGCCCAGUGGUAUGCAGCCCAACAGCCUGCUGUAUGUCAUCGAGGGAGUGCAGGAGGGCGAUGCACAGCUCUUGUUCAAUGCCACGCUGCGUUCUAACCGCGUCAUCACCAGCGAGGCCGCUAAGAUUCAGGUGUAUUCUCCAUUGAGGAUCGAGCCCCGUGUUGUUCGUCUAGUGCCGACAGCUCACUACCAGGUUCGUGUGACCGGAGGGCCACGGCCACAGCUUGGUGUCACGUUUCACAUGGACAACAGUGGCAUUGCAUCGUGUGACGCUAGCGGUGUGAUCACUGCACACACUGUUGGUGAGACUACCUUGACUGGCCAUGCUCAGAGCUCCAUGGACGGAUCAGCCAUUCUCACCGAGGAUACGGUGCGCGUGAUUGUCGUUCAGCUGACGGGCGUGAAGAUUUACGCUCCGUCCACGCGAGUACUGAGCACAACAGAGACAUCUGUGUACGCUAAAGGACUUUCUGGAGAAACACCGGUAGUGUUUGGAACCGCUGAUCCGCCCAUCCAGUUCUACUGGGAGGGCAGUGAUGACAACAUAUUCCAACUGCAGUCUGUAUAUCGCCGGGCGGGUGCUGUACUGGAUACUGACCUUCAGUUCCCAGCCCGCCUUCUGGCCCGCUCAGCCGGUGAUGCCACCAUUCGCCUGAGAGCCGAGUGUGGUAACAGCGGUGCAUGUAAUCCACGUGGUGCUGUAUUCCGUGAUCAGCUGCGCAUCAAUGUUGUGGAGAAGUUACACAUCGUGCGUCCUACAACAGUUGCCAAUGGCUCCUUGUUGAUGCCACUGCGAUCUACAAGUCAGAUUGUCACCAACAGAGCUGGACAUUGUCUGGUCACGUAUCAGCUGCUGUCCGCCUGCGGCAAAGACUGUGCUUCAUCCAUCAUCAAAGUGAACAGCGAUGGUGUAUUAACAUCUAGUGGCGUCACUGGUACAUCGCAUCUCUUGAUCACAGCUCAUGAGCACAGCAGCUUCAAUCAAACACUCGUCCUGCAAGUGGAGGUCAAGCCCAUUGCGUCUGUAUCUAUCCACUCGUACACGGCUGCUCGUGCGGUUGUCGGCCGUCGUCACGCUCUGCCACUGGGGCUACACUCACGCUUCUCCGUGACCCUGCAGGAUGAUCUUGGACAGCUGAUGGACACGUCCAGCACUCAGUUUGUCUAUCGGAUGACACGAUCGGAUGUUGCUCGUCUGCAGACUGGUCCUGAGAACGGUACAUUCUACUUGCGUGCUGCCAAGGAAGGCUCUGAUGUGCUGCAGGUUAGCGCCAUUGGAGGCCAGUCAAUCGUUGAGGACUUCAUCAACGUCCAUGUAGGCAUCGGUAUUCUGCCCGCUGACCCUGUUCUUCACAUCGGCACAAAAGUGUGUUUUACCACUCACCUUACCGGUGACAACGAUGAAUCUGGCUACUGGUCGACCAGCAACCCAUCCGUGUUGUCCAUCGAGGCAGCCACUGGACUUGCACAUGCCUUGGCAGUGGGUCACUCCACCAUAACAUUCCUUGCUGGUGGCACAGAACUUGCCAUGGUUGAGGUCUCAGUGAGUCAAGUUGCUGAGGUAUCGUUAGAUUUGGCUGGCUCGCCGACAUUGACCAACGCAGCCAACACACCCAUGUCUCAGAUCUCUAUCCCUGUUGUGUUCUCUACUGGUGCUGAGCAUAACAAUGGCCGCUUCUCAAUCUUCCCUGGUCCAACAGCAGCAGAUCAAUGUUCACAGAAACUUGUCAGCAGAUCUGGUGCUGUCCAUUCGGCCACUCAACAGGUACCGUUUUCCUGUGUGCUCAGCAGUGGUGACCGUUACCUGGAGCAAAGCUGGUUGUCUGGGGCAUUCCAUGUGGAGGGCAAGUUUGACAGUAAAACCGGUGACAGCUAUUGCCUGGUGAAGGCACAGGGUGCUGCACAUCCCAGCACCUGGUCACAGCCACUGCAGCUCAAUGUUCAGGUGUCCGACGCGUUCUCCACGUACUCGGUACAGUCCCGGCAGGUGGAUAUCAGCUUCAUUCCGGCGUUCACCAUCAACACGGCCCAGUUUGAUAUCAAGGACAGCCAGCCACCGUCUCACGUGGUCCUCCAGGGACCGCAGGCUCAACUUGCCGCUAUCAAGGCGUCCAGCUCCGAGCCAUCGCUGGUCACGAUACAGGCAGCGGAGUCCUCUGACCCGGCUGAUGGCAGCCUGACGUAUCGUCUCAGCAUUGCGGCCACAGCCGCGCAGUUCCAGUCCACACGCAUUGUCAACGUGGACUUUGUCAGCUCGCUGACGGGACAGCGCGAGGUCGUGGUGGUGACAUACACGCCACCCAGCGAGAACCCUACAGCAACAUUCACUGCCAAUCUGCAAACGGAAGUAGCGCCCAGUGCGUGUGCGCCAGUCGAGUCUCAAGCCACUACGGCUACCCCGGCCACUGCUUCCUCGCCGGCUUCACAGCAAAAAAGCCCGCAGCCAGGUGUUGUAUCAUGGAUGGCCGAGGAGAGGAACACACCCUACAUCCUCGGCCUGGCACUUGUCUUCACUAUCCUGGCCGUCCUGAUGGCCACGCUGUGCCUGAUCCCGGGGCACGCUCGGUCGCCGCCGUCCUCCUCGGCGCCUGGCUCGCCGCAGCAGAGCAACCCGUACAGCACGGGCUUCUCGCCGUCCCGUGGCAUGUAUAGCCAGCACCAGCACAGCUUCAGCACACCGCCGCCGGCCAGCACAGUGACUGCUAGCCAUGGCCAUGCUGGUGCGGUGCGCCACUCACCCGAGUACUCUCCGUUCACGCAGUACUCACCUCCACCAGCGGCCACGAAAACAUCGCCGUUCGCCCAGGGUCUACUCUCCGAAGACCUGCAACACUAACUAGCAUACGCUACAGGUUUUCUCAAUGUACAUACUAGCUCUGUAGUAGUGUAGGGUUGUCAUGGUUGUAGGGUUGUAGGGUUGUCAUGGUUGUAGGGGGGCUGUUGGCAUACUCUUGUUAACCUUCAAGACUUCUAACCUUUUUUUAAAUGAAUUCUCCAGGUGUCUUGUACGGUUUCAUCGUUGUACCCAGCAACUCAGCUCUUUCUUGAAGUGUAACUUACUGGUGCGCCUUGCAACUGUUUAGCAGCAUUUCAAACCGAUUUUUAUCUUCUGGUCACGAGGUAUUUGUUUUGAGGAUAAUGCGGCCCCAUCCGGGUUUUUUUUCAUGUCUUCUGGUGCUUCUGCUGCGGUGCUUUCUAAGCUCAUGUACUUUCAUAUCAUGUUUUAUUUUUUCGAUGCUGCUAAUUCAGCGUCCAGCAGCCCGCACCUAGCAGCAGCAGCAGCCUCCCGGUGCUCUGCCUUCAUUUUUGCAGGAGUGAGCAGAGUAAUCUUGCGUCCCGCGUCGUCCUUCUUACUCUCCAGCCCGUCUGUAUUUCGGGUGGGGUAGCAGUUUAGCAGUUUUAUCGGCCACAAUGACACCAGCAGGUACAGCAUCCUGUCCAAGUCAUCAUCUAACACCGCCAUCUUCAAUUUGUCUCAGUUUCCUGUUCAUCAUCCUGUAGAUCUACACCACCACGCAUACCGGUACUACCAAGAGUCCCUAACGGGUUAUGGUUGCCUCUUGGUAGCAUGCCUUUUUUCUGAUCAACAGGGCAACGCUGCUUGCUGCCUUUUGUUGCCUUUUGUUGCUUUUGUUAUGCUGUGUACAAUUUGUAUAAAACUUGUCUGCGCAGCUGUCAAGUCCUUUGUCCUAUCCGCCGGUGCCUGCUGCUGUCUUUCUUAAGGCUAGGCUAGGUUGCGCUGUUGUUGAUGAUAUUCACUCAUCUCAUGUCUUGUUUCACUUUGCUUCUUGCGUUGUGCUGUAUGGUGACCAAACCCGGAAAAUUCUACCUGAGAAGAAAAUCUAAAAGUUCUCCAUCCCAAA